ACACAUGGUCAAUAUAUCUUAAGGCAACUGUUGUGCAAGUGUUAUGUUAUGACACGUUCUUACUUUCAUAAAAAAUAUGUACAGUAUUUGAUUCUGGUUUCCAGGAGGGGAUAGAACCUUAAGAUUUUCACUUUAUGUAGCCACAUAAACCAGUUUUUACAGGCAGUCAUAGCAAUUACCUUUGGCAACCAUGUCAUCCAGGCCACCUUCUCAAAUUGUGAACCUCCUAAUGAAGCUGUCCGGUUGAUUGCAGCUGCAUGUCUUUGAAUCUUCCCCUUGCCAUUGCCAUUGCCAUAUCCAUGCCCAUUGUAACUAUUAUCUACCUCCUUACCAAUGUGGUCUACUAUGCUGUACUGGACAUGCCAUCUCUUUUGGCCAGUGAUGCGGCUGCAGUGUUCCUUUUUUUUAAAUGGCGUCCUAUUCAAAAUGCAAUUGCUGUUUCUGUGCCCAUGUCUUGCUAUAGCGGAUUAAACACAUCAAUUAUUGCAGCCUCCAGAAUGUUCUAUGUUGGGGCAUGAGAAGGACAUCUUCCUGAUAGUUUAAGCCUGAUUCAUAUUGAAUGCUUCACACCUGUUCCUGCACUUCUUUUUAACGGGUUUAUGGCUUUGGUGUACCUCUGUGUGGAAGAUGUGUUUCUUCUUAUUAACUACUACAGCUUCAGCUAUUGGCUAUUUAUGGGCUUGUCCAUCGCAGGGUUAAUAUAUUUGCGGUUUACUCAGCCUGACAGACCAAGACCCAUCAAGCUCAGCCUCAUAUUUCCUAUGAUUUAUUGCAUAUGCUCCCUGUUCCUGGUGGUUGUUCCCCUGUAUGGUGACACCGUCAUGAUUGGAGUGGGAAUAGCUCUCUCUGGAGUCCCUGUUUAUUUACUAGGGGUCUAUUUACCUGCAGAAAGGGGGCAGAGAACUAUUUGGCAUAUAGGAGGUAAGUGGGUGCUGUCUGAAUACCUGCUCCACAUAGUAUUUCCACUGCCUGGAGAAGGGGAUCAUUUGGUGUUGAUUAGAUAUUGCAUGUCUUAAUGACCCAGCAUUUCUGAAAAGAAAAGUACGCCCCAAUAUAUUUUGAAUAGGGUCAUUCGGAAUGGCCUGACUUACAGUUACUGGGGGCUUUAAUUAAAGUUGUAUUUUUUUCACGGAUAUCACAGAUUUCAUGAUUUCCUUGAAAUAUGCCCAUUGCUGUGCAAAUGUAGUUCCCCUGUCAGGAUAGUCUAAAUAUGCAUAUUUUCUAUCACUUAAAAAUAAAUACAGCAAACAUUUGCAUUAGGAAUCUGGCAGCCGGUUUAAUUUGCUUCUGGUAAAUUGUUGCACAAUCUGCAUAGAGUUCUUUAAAAUGUUUUCAACGAUAAAGAUCUGUUGCAUCAAAGAUUAGAAAUAUUUCUGUUAAAGAUCGCUCUGUCCAUUACAAGAAAGGGGCAUUUCACACGUGUGUUAUUAUUUUUAGAUUUUAUUAUUUUGAAAUAACUAUUUUUAAACCUUGAAAUGCUG